AUGAGUGCUGGAAUUGCUGUCAACAGGAAAACAAGUGUCGGCGUGAUGGCUCCGGUCGAGAUCACUAUACGUGUGGUGAUGGUGGUGUUGGCACUGUGGGUGACGGUGUCGAAAGCACAAGACAUCAUCUUCCCCAAAGAGGAAUUCGAGAGCUGUCAACUCAGAUCCGGACGCCCAGGAGUCUGCCGCCUGAUCCGCUCGUGCCCUGAGGUUCUACAGACGCUGUCCACUCGGAACCCGGUUCACUGUGGCUUCGUCGGGAGGGAACGCUCUAUGCCUGAAAGAACCUCCAAUAAGGAAUCCAACGGUUACACCCGUUUGGAUAUCUCUCCACCUCAAGUCACUUUGUCGCAGGGAGUUCUAACACCGCAGUACUAA